AUGGCCGUCCCCUGGCAGAGCCGCACGCGCACCGCCCGCCUGGCGUGCGUGUCUCCGGAAUGGCAGGCCCGAGGAACGCAGACGGGCUUCGUUGUGCCCACAGCGAGCAAUGUUGCCGUUGCAUACUUUGAACUGACGCCCUGCAAUGGUGAGCCGCCCUUGGUCAACCCUGCGACCGGACGGGACUUCUACUGCGGGAAAGGGCCGGAUACCGAGACGUGUCCGGAUGGGUACUACUGCCACUGGACGCUCUCCUUCGCCAAGUGCUGUCCGCUCGACCAAGAGGAGAACGUGACUCUGGCGGGUCCUUCGUGUCGCCAGGCCUCCUACGGCUGUUGUCCUGACGGGAAGUCCGCCGCCCUGGGACCCAACUACGGCGGGUGUCCUUCCAUAUGCCAGUGCCACAAGCUGGGCGCCUACGACGAGGUGUGUGACCCCGUGACCAACCAGUGCCGGUGCAAGCCAGGCGUCGGGGGCACCAAGUGCGACCGCUGCGAGCCCGGAUUCUGGGGCCUUCCGAGGAUCCAGCGCGGGAGCAAAGGGUGCCUACCCUGCGGAUGCUCGCUGUUCGGGUCGGUGCGCGACGACUGCGAGCAGAUGACGGGGCAGUGCGUGUGCAAGCCGGGCAUUCGGGGCAAGAAGUGCAACGAGUGCCCCGAGGGACUGGUGCUGGGCCCCAAGGGCUGCCGGGCCAAUGACGUCACCACGCCCCCGCCCCGGUCCUGCGCCGAGCUCGAGUGCUACUUCGGCGCCAGGUGCCAGGAGCACGAGGGCCACGCCGAGUGCAAGUGCGAUGCCCAGUGCCCCGAAGACACGUCCUCGUCCCCGCGGCCCGUGUGUGGCUCUGACAUGGAGACGUAUGCCAGCGAGUGCCACCUGCGCCUCUUCGCGUGCCAUUACCAGAAGGACGUGGUGGUCGACGCCCUCGGCUCGUGCCCUCCUCCAGGCAACCAAUCCGACGGCGUGACGGAGUCGCCGCUGCGCCGGUCUACCGCGCCGCUGUCGACGGAGCCCCACCGCGAGGAGGCGGCGAAGGCCACGCGCCACCUGCUGCUGCCCGAGUACGUGAUCGGCGGCGCCCCCGGCUCCAGCACGCACAGCCUCUCCAACAGCAUCUUCAGCGUGCCGCCCACGCCCGUCACCAUCGCCGCCUUCGGCCUGCUGGGCUCGAUCUGUUACCGCGACAAGGACUGCUCGGUGCCCUACUCCCGCUGCAAGACGUCCAUUUGCACGUGCCGCAGCGGGUACACUCAGAGCGCCGACCGUCAGACGUGCGUGGUGACGACCCCGGGGCGAGAGGAGGUCGUCGGGGCGUGCGUCCGGCGACCCUGCCAGAGGGGAGGCACCUGCCGGGAGCUCACCAAUGGGGGGUACAGCUGCCAGUGUCCCCCCAGGACCACGGGCCUCCAGUGCGAGAAGGAGCUUCCGCCGCCCUACGAGACGCCCUCCUUCAGCGGCUCGUCCUACCUGGAGGUCAAGAAGAUCAAGGCCUACAAUAAAGUGCAGCUGGAGCUCGAAUUCCGCACCUUCACGGACAGCGGCAUCCUCCUGUACAGCCAGCAGCAGCCUGACGGGUCCGGCGACUUCAUCUCCCUGGCGCUGGUCGACGGAUACGUGGAGUUCCGCUACAACCUGGGCUCGGGGCCGGCGGUCAUCAGGAGUCAUCACAGGGUGCAGAUGAAGCGCUUCCAUAAGGUAGUGGCCAAGAGGUACCAGCGCGACGGCAUCCUGCAGCUGGACGACGCCGAGGACGCCAUCGGAAAGGCCCCGGGGACACUCAAGAGUCUGGACCUGCGAGGCUCCACUUACGUAGGAUAUGUCCCAACCAACGAAAGGAGAGUCUGGGAAAACGCGGGCACCUCCGAGGGCCUGGUCGGUUGCCUGCGCUCGGUCCGGAUAAACGGGCGUCCCCUUGACCUGGUGUGGCCCGGCUCCCCGCACGUGAUCCGCGCCGAACACGUGGGCGAGUGUUCCGCGUCGCCGUGCGCCAACCUGCCCUGCCUCAAUCACGGCUCGUGCAGGCCUACUGACGACGGCCAUUUCAAGUGUCUCUGCGUUCAAGGAUUUAUCGGGGAGCGAUGCGAGGUCAAGCUAGACCCGUGCGAGAGCCAGCCGUGCCAGGCUGGGGCAACCUGUGUCACUCUCCCGACCAAGGACUUCCUGUGCAAGUGCCCCCCUGGCAGGAGAGGAACGCUGUGUGACCAGAUGGACCGCACCCUCCGCGAGAUGGUGAUCCCCGACUUCGACGGCGACGCGUACCUGGAGCUGCCCACCCUGGAGAACGUGGGCAUGUCCUUCGCCCUCGAGAUCUGGUUCCUGACGCGCUCUCCCGACGGCGUCCUGCUGUACAACGGGCAGAUGGGCGGCGGGGGAGACUUCAUCGCCCUCAACCUGCGCAACGGACACCUCGAGUUCUCCUACAACCUCGGCUCAGGACUCGCCACGCUCGUGAGCCCCGAGCGCGUCGCCCUGAACACGUGGCACAUGGUACGCGUGCGCAGGAAGAAGAGGAGAGGCAUCCUGCAGCUCAACAGGGGCAAGAAAGUGCGAGGCAAGAGCGGACCCAGACUCACCGAGCUCAACCUCAACCAGCCGCUCUUCCUCGGAGGCUUAGAGAACUUCACCCUGGCCCACCCGGACUCCGGCGUCACCAUGGGCCUCAACGGAGCCAUCCAGAGACUGCUGGUCAACUCGGAGGUGCUGGACAACCUGGACGAGAGGGCGAGGGGAGGUCGCGGCGUCAGGAGGUACCGUGGACCCCCCUGCCUGCACAACCCCUGCCAGAACGGCGGUGUGUGCCAGCCGUUCCUCAGCCGGUUCCUGUGCAAGUGUCCAGCCUCGUUCACCGGGAAGUUCUGCGAGAAGCGUUCAGACGAAAAUCAGAUGAUGAAACCGGUCAAGUUUGACGGCAAAACUUUCCUCAAGUUCCCCAACAUGGUUUACAGAGUCAAAAGAGGACAAACGACCAACCAGUUCGAGAUUCGUUUCCGCGCGACCAGUGGCGACGGUUUACUCGUGUGGCUCAACAAGGGAACGACGCUUACAGGAGACUACCUGGCCAUCGCAAUCAACGGCGGUUUUAUCGAACUAUCUUACAACCUCGGCAAGCAGCAGACGCUCCACAUCGUUAGGUCUAAGGUGCGCGUGGACGACGGGCAGUGGCACACCCUGGUGGCGCACAGGAGGAAGCGGCUGGGCGUCCUCAGGGUGGACAACGAGCGACCAGUCAAGGGCGUCUCGGAGAAGGGCGCCACGACACUCAACACCAACGGCAAAUUGUGGAUCGGUGGCUCCCCCAGAAUCCCGGACGGGCUGCCGCGGGCGUACUACCAGGGCUUCCGCGGGUGCGUCGACGCCGUGCAGGUGGAGAACCGCGACCUGAACCUGGUGACCCACGGCGACGCGCAGCUGGUCCGGUUCUGCGACGAGAUGCGGUGAGGUUCGUCGCCCGCCCCUCCCCCCCUCUGAGGCGGACUCCUGGUGCUCUCCACGCGACUCCCAACAGCUGUGCAUCUCUCCUGUGUUGGAUAAUGCGUUUGAGGAAAAGAGAUGAAUGAAUAAGAAGGGAGGAAUAAAAAAAAGAAAACACGACUGGAUGCAGCAGCUUUGUCGAGUUUCGAUGCUAAAAAAAAAUAAAACAAAGCAUUAAUAAAAAACAUAUUUAAGAGAAAGAAGAAAGUCUAUUUUGUAUAUGGGGAAAACGUUAUUCUGUUGUUCGAGGAAUGGUAGUGAUAAUAACAGUCAUUACGACAGAAAAAAAACUUUAUGGUGGCGAUUUUAAGCUGUAAGUGAUGGUGAAAGGUGCGUGCAGAUUCCAUGUACAUUUCAGUGCUUUCUAGUGACUCCUUACUCUGCCUACAGGACGCGAGGUUCUUAACCACUUUGUAGGUUGUGCUUGGUGAAGGAAAAUUUAUCAUCACCGUUCUUUUCAAGGAAGUUUCAAAAGAACGAGACUUAUGUCGACCAACCAUUAGACAAAUUAAGCUAGAAAAAUACUCAUUCGUAAUCUUUCUUUUUUUUAAUCGAAGGGGAAUUGUUAUUCAUAUACUUAUGAAUAAUCAGCUAAAUAUUAAAGAUCUGUCUGUGUUCUUUACUCCGUGUUUCAAAACGUGAUGGUAAAUUACAAGGAAGAUCUGGACUUCUCUCGCUACACAAACGGGGAACAAAAUGAACAGCACAAGUGAAGUAACUUGUGCUCUUGCUGUAAAUAUGAAAUUUGUUGGAAAUAGUCAUAACAAGUGAGUGAAUGGAAAAGUGUGUAAGUAUACUUUUUUUUGACGCUGCCU